GCGGAGCGGAGCGGGCUGUACCGGGCAUCAUGACGCUGGAUCCCGGUCAUAAUGAGCGCCUUCAGUAAGUGCAUGGAUGGGUGAGGAGGAAGGGGGAGGAAAACACUGAGCUGCUGCUGUGCCUCCAGGAUGGUGUCACCUCUGCGCGCUUUCACCCGGACAGGGGACACUGGCGGAGAAGAAGUGACUCACCGGCACCGGAAUUCACACCAUCAUCACCAGUCCGAGAAGUAGCAGUAUGGAGAAGUCGAGCAGGAAGCAGCAGGAGCGCAAAGAGAAGAAGCCCGGGAAGCUGUUCAAAAGGAAAUCUCUGAAGUCCGUGGGGAACUUUAUGAGCAGAAUCAUCAAAACUUUGGGCACUUUGACGCACUUUGGGGACGCGCAGCAGGACGCCGAGGAGGACGACGGAGGGUUUGGAGAUGGAGCGCCGUGCGUCCUGAGCUCCACCAUCGUCAAAGAGGAGAUGCACGUGAGCUGGGAUCGAAACGUGAAAUCCUCCGGCGAGUCCUGGACCCUGAACACCGGCAGGGAGAAGCUGAUGCACCAGUACGCCGACCGAGUGCCCGGGGUGCAGGGUCUGAAGAACCACGGGAACACCUGCUUCAUGAACGCCGUGGUGCAGUGCUUGAGCAACACCGACCUGCUGGCGGAGUACCUGGGGCUGCAGAGGUACAAGGUGGACCUGGGCAGCGUCAGGAUUAACGGGCUGCUGAGGUGCGAGGAGACCCGGCUGGAUAAAGGAGAAGUGACGGAGCAGCUGGCGGCUCUGGUCCGGGCGCUGUGGACUCUGGAGUACAGCCCGCAGCUGUCCGUGGACUUUAAGACCAUAGUGUCCAAGUACGGCUCCCAGUUCCGUGGAAACUCCCAACAUGACGCGCUGGAGUUCCUGCUGUGGCUGCUGGACCGCGUGCAUGAAGACGUCAACAUGGCCUCCCACAACAACAACAACAAGAAGACCAAAGCUCCAGGAAAGGGUCUCUGUGGGGCUGAGGACGUUCUGUGUCCUGAGUCCAGACUCCAGCACAGCUUCGUCCAGGAACAUUUCCAGGCACAGUACAAAUCUUCUCUGACGUGUCCUCACUGCAUGAAGCAGAGCAACACCUUCGACCCGUUCCUCUGCAUCUCUCUGCCCAUCCCGCUGCGCCAGACCAGGUUGCUGUGUGUGGUUCUGGUGUUCAGCACUAAAGGACAGCGGUACCUGCGGGUCGGGCUGGCUGUGCCUCUGUUCGGCUCUGUGGCCGGCAUGAGGAGGACGGUGGCUGACGAGGGGAAAAUCUCCCCAGACCAGGUGAUCCUGACAGAGGUUUACUCCACGGGCUUCCACCGCUCCUUCUUCGACGAGGAGGAUCUGACGAGCAUCGGCGAGAGUGACGUCGUCUACGCCUUCCAGGCUCCGCCCCUUUACAUCAGAGGAGGCUCUGCACGCAUCUCAGGGUACCACCACAGCCUCCCAUCCUCUCCGUACUCGUCGGGUCCUGAGAGUCAGAGGUUACCUUCGUCCGGGACUUUGUCGUCAGAGUUCCUGAACCACGGCGUCCCAGUAAAGAUCCUGCUGCUGGUGUGCAACGCUGCGGGGACGGGCCAACAGGCCGUCAGAUUUGGACCUCCGUUCCUGAUGAGGGAGGAUCGGUCUAUUUCCUGGGAGCAGCUGCAGCAGAGCAUCCUCAGCAAACUGUAUUACCUGAUGAUCAACGGAGCACAGGCUCAGAACAUCAGAGUGCUGUUCAACAUCCGCGUGGUGGGGGGGUCUGCGUUUCACAGCUACCUGUCUCCUCAGGACGGACGGCCGCUCUACCACCCUGCUGUGGACAGAGCGCUGAAGCUCUGCGGCUCAGGAGGACCUCCUCAUGUGAAGCUCAUCAUCGAGUGGGAGCACCGAAUCAAAGACUGCUUGUUUGGGAACAUCCAGGAGGAGGUGGUGAAGGAGGCAGAGAGUGUGAGGAGCCAGCAGCAGCAGCACGUCCAGCAGUACAGCUGCACACUGGACGAGUGCUUCCAGCUCUACACCAAGGAGGAGCAGUUGGCGCCCGAUGACGCCUGGAAGUGCCCCCACUGCCAGCAGCUGCAGCAGGGCACGGUGAAGAUGAACCUGUGGACGCUGCCGGACAUCCUCAUCCUCCACCUGAAGCGCUUCAGACAGGUGGGGGACCGCAGGAACAAGCUCACCACCUUCGUGCAAUUCCCCCUGACCGGCCUCGACAUGACGCCGCACAUGGUGACCCGGAAACACCCCACCCAGCACCACCAGACGAACCCAAACCAGCAGCAGCAGCAGCCGGGGUGGAAACCGUCCCGCCGACCGGACCCGACUCCACCUGACUUCCUGUACGAUCUGUACGCCGUGUGCAACCACCACGGAGGGAUGCACGGGGGACACUACACAGCGUUCUGCAGGAACUCGGUGGACGGCCAGUGGUACGGCUAUGAUGACAGCAGUGCGGAGGCGGUGCCAGAGGCGGAGGUGUGCACGCGUGGAGCCUACAUCCUCUUCUACCAGAGGAGAAACACCAUCCCCCCGUGGUCCGCCAGCUCCUCCGUCACUGGUUCCACCAGCUCAUCCACCUCUGACCACUGGCUGGUUCGGCUGGCGGAGGGGGGCAGUAAACGGGGUAGUGUGGUGUCAGGAGGGCCCCAUCCUGGACUGCCGGAAACCAAACAGCCCGAGUCUCCGGAGCUACCAGUGUUCGGAGAAGAACCCCCCAAAACAGAGGAGACAAAUGGGUUUGAAGCCAAGACGUUCGCCCGCGGGACUCAGGGCCGCAGCGUCAGCAUGAGAUCACCGACCAAACCCAAGGAGGCUCUGAGCAAAGUCCUGCCUCUGCGGUGGUCUUCUUUCGGCUCCAAGGACCGCGUCAGACCCCCGGCAGCGGCCAAGUCUGGAGAGCUGGUGGAGUACCUGGAGUCUGGGCGCCGCCCCCGCUGUACCAAAGACCCCAUCGUAACGCUGGUGGCCACCCCGCCGCUGAGGAAGGGACGAGCCUUGGAGGCGGACCUCAGCUCACCGAGCGGCAGCAGUUUGAGUUACUCAGAAAAACCCGGGUCUGACUCUCCUAAAGUACCGGAGGGACAGAGCAGAACCCGGGACGAUGCGUCUCUGAGGCAAAGGUCAUCGAAAAGACUAAGACAGGACCACAGCAGGACCCUGGACCUGCAGAGAGGGGCUAUCCUAGAGGGUCAGAUCAGCCACAGUGCACCACCCAGCAGGGACUCCACGCUAAGAAGGACUAAGCCGGGGACAGUGGCCUGCAGGGCUCAUAAAGACUUCCCACAGACUCAACCCGAGGACCGGCGGGAGGGCCGCAGCCACGAGAGCCUCCUGUCCUUCUUCAAACCCGGCUUCAUGAAGAAGGACGUCCCCGGGUCGCCGCUCAAGGGGCGGAUGAACGGACACCUGGGCCGGUUGGCGAGCAGUCACUUAGCCAAACUGUCCCUGUCCAACGGGACGCUGGGGCCGGAGGACAGGAAGGCCAACGGGGACGCCCAUCCCGGUAAAGUCGGGAACGGGAAGGCUGGGGCUCUCGACCCGGUGGACAUUAAGCGGGCGCACAGCUCCAGCAACAUCCAGAGCAGGAUGGAUUUGACUUUCCGCCGGUGUGCUUCCCUGCAGAGGAACGGGGAAAUAGUGGCCCCCCCGUCCCACCGAGUCCUGGUGACGGAGAAGCCCGUCUACGCCACUCUGCAGCGGACACGACUCAGCACACCCUCCCUGGUGCCUCUGUGACAGCCUGAGUGACUGUCGGACUCCCCCCGGCACAGCAGGAGGCGCUGCUGGAAACACUUCUCCUCUUAUAGUACUGUUCUAAGUUCUUACCUGUGUGUGUCUUAAACUAAAUCUAUGCAGAGCUGAAUUGACUGAGGAGGAAUACUGCUGUAAUGUGGUUUAUUCAACCCUUUCUUUGUUGGUUUUAAAAAGCAGUCUUCUGGUAAAUCGUGGUUUCAUUUUGAGUGUAUUUGAAAGGCGUGUGAUUUGGUGAAUUUGCAUGUUUGUGGCCCAUUAGCCUUUGUGUUGCACGGGCUGAGACAUGUAGGAUUGGGAAACACUGCAAAAGGUACUAAUGCCUGCACUGUAAAUUUGCUGCUAAGCCAACGCACAUCAUUUGCUUUGUCAUCUUCCAUCACCCGUCCGCUUAUCCGAGUCGGGUCGUGGAGGUAGCAGUUCCAGCAGAGAGCCCCAAAUCUAUCAUGUUCAUUUUGUAUCAGCAUGCACUUCCUUUAAUUCAAAAGUCUGCUACAUAAUCAGAGCUUUCCUGCUAAUGAAGGAGCAAUUACACUGCAGCCUAACUGGCAAAAGCACUUUCUGGUCUUUGUUUUAUUAUAUAUUUAUUUAUGGAAGAAUUCAUCUGCAACUUGCAAGCCAACAGUUUACUAACCUACUUUAAAGAGGCCCUAUUCUGCUUUUUGGGUUUCCUGCAGUGUGUUGUAAAGGUUUUUGUGCAGUAUGAGCACCUUUAUGGACAUGAAAGCAUGGAGACAUGUCCCAGUAGAGACACUACAUACUGAUAUACCCCUGAAAAUAAGUAGAAUUGGGCCUCUUUAUAUUAAAUGUCAAGCUCACCUGCCAAAAAGAAACUAUUAAACAGAAGCAAAACAGUCAAAAAGCACUUGAUGUUACCAACACUCUGCACUUCUUUUAAUUUACCGUUCUUGCAGCUGGAGAUAACCGGCUGGUAAAGAAACUCUCCGAAUUGCAAACCAACAGAUAACUAAUCAGUGGGAGACGACUGCGGGUGCACAUGAAAUCUGUAAACCCCAUUCUCCUUCAAACAACAUUUUCCUGUGCUUAUUAUUCAGCGUGUUUUUCUGUGGAUGGAUUAAGAGUUCUGGCUUAUCUUCAAACAGUAUGUGUGAAACGUUUGCACCAAAAACAGACACAUUCAAACCGCCCCAGAGCAACGGGAGCAGGAUGUUGUAAUGUGUAUCUCUCCCCCGCUGAAGUUGGGGUUGAUCCCGAUAAGAUGCCUACAGAAGCAAAGGUCCGUUUUCUCAUAUGGGAUUAAACAGAAGCUCUAUUAUUAUUUCUCUGCAGCCCCAGGGGGUCACCUUCACAUUAUCUGUAAUGAAGUCAUCACCACCGUUUCUGUUUCCAUGCAUCCAUCACAGGCGGGGGGGGGGGGGCAGAUUGUUUGCCGACACUGUAACUGUUUAAUGUCACUGUUUGAUUGCCAAACUGCAAUGCUAGUAAAUGAAGGAUGUUGCUGCGGGGGAAAUGUGGCUAGAUUUAUAUUUUAUUAUUCACUUUUUUAAAGGUUUUUGUACCUGAUGUGUAAUUAUGUCAUUUAAGUACCCGAUAAUGUUUCAGGUAUGACCUUUAUACGGCGGCCCACAGGGGAAGACGAGCUACAACCACCCAGAACAUUUCCAUCAGGAGGAACAUGCUGCAGCUUCAGAAACACACAUGUUCCAAAACACAUGAAAAACAUCUCCGGCAACUUGAGGAAACAUGGCUUUACUAAAAGCGCUGCAAAGACGAAACGCUCAAAAGCUCGGAGACCAGGGGGACACCAAAAAGUGACGCACACAGCUGGGACCGGAGCGCUUGGUGGCGUUCAGGAUCAUAAAUCUGGACCACUGCGGUUAUUCUGCUUUUUGUCAAUUUUUUUUUUGUCAAUUUUUUCCUUUUUUGUUUUGUCCUUUUUUCUCCUUUUGUCCCCAAAUGUUCUGUAGGCCUAUCUGUCUGCAUCAUUCUUUGUUAGUUUUUUUGUGAUCACAUUGGACCAUAGGUGGCUCUUAAAACAUUUCAGGUAAGUUUCAAACAACAGAGACAGUCGUCCAGCUUUAUGAUCCUGAACGUCACACAGGGCUCCGGUCCCAGCUGUGUGCGUCUCUCUUUAGUGUCCCCUGGUCUCCAGCUGUGUGCGUCUCUCUUUAGUGUCCCCUGGUCUCCAGCUGUGUGUGUCCCUCUUUAGUGUCCCCUGGUCUCCAGCUGUGUGCGUCUCUAUUUAGUGUCCCCUGGUCUCCAGCUGUGUGCGUCUCUCUUUAGUGUCCCCUGGUCUCCAGCUGUGUGCGUCUCUCUUUGGUGUCCCCUGGUCUCCAGCUGUGUGCGUCUCUCUUUAGUGUCCCCUGGUCUCCAGCUGUGUGCGUCUCUCUUUAGUGUCCCCUGGUCUCCAGCUGUGUGCGUCUCUCUUUAGUGUCCCCUGGUCUCCAGCUGUGUGCGUCUCUAUUUAGUGUCCCCUGGUCUCCAGCUGUGUGCGUCUCUCUUUAGUGUCCCCUGGUCUCCGGCUGUGUGCGUCUCUCUUUAGUGUCCCCUGGUCUCCGGCUGUGUGCAUCUCUCUUUAGUGUCCCCUGGUCUCCAGCUGUGUGAGUCUCUCUUUGGUGUCCCCUGGUCUCCAGCUGUGUGCGUCUCUCUUUAGUGUCCCCUGGUCUCCAGCUGUGUGCGUCUCUCUUUAGUGUCCCCUGGUCUCCAGCUGUGUGCGUCUCUCUUUAGUGUCCCCUGGUCUCCGGCUGUGUGCAUCUCUCUUUAGUGUCCCCUGGUCUCCAGCUGUGUGCGUCUCUCUUUAGUGUCCCCUGGUCUCCGGCUGUGUGCGUCUCUCUUUAGUGUCCCCUGGUCUCCAGCUGUGUGCGUCUCUCUUUAGUGUCCCCUGGUCUCCAGCUGUGUGCGUCUCUCUUAAGUGUCCCCUGGUCUCCAGCUGUGUGCGUCUCUCUUUAGUGUCCCCUGGUUUCCAGCUGUGUGCGUCUCUCUUUAGUGUCCCCUGGU